UUAUCCGACUCUUGAAAUCGAGGGGAACACUGCUGCCUACAACUUUAUACCAAUUGAUCUUGAAAAUAUUUUCGGUGAAGUACAAAAGCUUAUAGUGAUCUUUCUGCAGGCCUGCCAGUUUAAAGAAAGACCGAUAACUGUUUACGAGGGAGUAAAAAUAGUGAAGACAUGAAGUGAGAUCGUAAAAUGGGAGGGAACUCUGCAAAGCAGAAAAAGCCCGAACCUGAGCAUUGUGAGCAUCAGCCGGCUCCUAAGCAACACUACGGGAAGAGAAAGCAGCUGUACUGCCGGACUGGCUAUUUCCUUGCAAUCAUGCAAGAUGGGACAGUCGCCGGGAUUGAUGAAGACAUGCAUCCGAACGCCAUCGUUGAAUUCACGACUGUAAAAGCGGGCGAGGUGCGCAUCAGAGGUACGAAGGCGAAUCUUUACUUGGCGAUGAAUAAAACCGGCCGGCUUUACGGAGAAGCAAACGUAUUGGACGAGUCGACUGUGUUUUUAGAAUCGCUUCACAGGCACCACCUCGUCUACCUUUCAAAACCAUACGCCCGCUUCAAUUGGUACGUCGCGCUUAAGAAAAACGGCAAACCGAAGGAUGCCAAAAAGACCAAGCUGGGACAAAAGGCGAUCCAGUUCCUCACAGUCAAACUCUUGGAGGACAGAUAGUUCAAUUUAAUAAAACACUAACAAAUGCAACUAACUCGAACAGCUUGGAUGUAUCGUCACGACCAAAAAGCUCUGAAAAGAGCAACUAUGCUUUAUUUUAAUGUUAUUAUCAACUAACAUAUUUUUAAUCUAAGGUCUUGGUUGAGAUGAAAAAGCUAGUUUCACA